AUGGAAAAUGAAAGUACAGAAAGGAAAACAGGCUAUUUUGGGAUUUGUUUGGCAGUUUUUACUAGUUUGGAAAAAAGGGGACUACUGUGUGUUGAUAUAUCAGAGGAAGAUGGUGGUACAGGUUUAGAUUAUCUAGCAUAUGCUAUAGCCAUGGAAGAGAUCAGUAGAGGAUGUGCAUCAACUGGCUGUAUCAUGAGUGUAAAUAAUUCAUUGUACCUCGGACCUAUCAAGAUGUAUGCUACUCCAGCACAGAAAGAAACCUUUAUGAAACCCUUCCUUCAUGGGGAAAAAGUUGGAUGCUUUGCCCUGAGUGAGCCAGGUAAUGGUAGUGACGCAGGGGCAGCCUCUACAACAGCUAGACUGGAGGGAGAUGAGUGGGUUUUGAAUGGAACAAAAGCUUGGAUAACAAAUGGAUAUGAAUCAGAAGCUACUGUGGUAUUUGCUACAACAGACAAAAGUAAAAAGCAUAAGGGUAUAAGUGCCUUUUUAGUACCAAAGCCCACAGAAGGUUUGUCUUUAGGUCAAAAGGAAGAUAAGCUUGGAAUAAGGGCCACCUCAACCUGUAACCUUAUAUUUGAUGAAUGUAGAAUACCGAAAGAAAACUUGCUUGGGGAACCUGGUCUUGGAUUUAAAAUAGCUAUGCAAACAUUGGAUGCUGGGAGAAUUGGAAUAGCUGCACAAGGUCUUGGAAUAGCUCAGGCAGCUUUAGAAUGUGCAAUAGAUUAUGCCCAAAAGAGAAUGGCUUUUAAUGAGCCCAUAUCCAAAACACAGAUGAUUCAGGACAAACUAGCUAAUAUGGAGGUACAGAUAGAAAGUGCCAGACUACUCACAUGGAAAGCUGCCAUGCUGAAGGAUGCUGGGAAACCAUAUACCAAGGAUGCUGCUAUGGCUAAACUUGCUGCUUCAGAAGCUGCCACAUUUUGUGCUCAUCAGGCUAUACAAACACUAGGUGGUAUGGGUUUUGUAACCAGCAUGCCGGCUGAGAGAUUAUAUAGAGAUGCUAGAAUUACAGAAAUCUACGAGGGAACAAGUGAAAUACAGAGACUUGUCAUUGCUGGACAGUUGCUCAAACAAUAUGCAGCACAUUAAUAUAAACUGAGAGAUAUAAAAAACAAAUGAAAUUCAUAUUUGAAUAAAGAUUGACAGAUGAAUUCAUAGGAAAAAGGAAAAAAUUAAGAAAAAGGUAAAACUUCAAAAAUGGAAAUUACUUUUCUUACAUGGGUUAUUCUAAAUAUCAUGACAUGGUUAGAAGAAAACUGUUUUGUUAAUAGGCUGAAAUGUUUUGUGGUAAAUUGUUCUGAAAAAAAGUGAGUGCUUCCAAUUCACUCCAUAAAAAGCCUGAGGUGAAAAGAUUUUUCUCAGAUGUUUUACAAAAUAGGUUAAAAUUUUCCUUGAAUAUAUAUCACAAGAAGCACUUGUUAUCACACUUACAUUUUGUGUUCUAAACAUGAUUUUUUUUAAGAGAUUUUACAUUAAUAAAGUUAAUAUUAUA